AAUAGUUUUUGCCUUCACAAAUAUUUUUUAAAUUAUUUUAGGGUAAUUUAAGUCCAGAUGAUGAGUAUUUAAUUCGUUUAAGUUCAGUUGACCUAAAUGGGAAUGAAGGUGAAUUAUCAGAAAUCAUUAAUACUAAUUCUUAUCAACAUUCAACAAUAAAUGACCAUAGUAAUGGUAAUAUUAAUAAUAAUAAUGAUAUGAACAAUAAGCGAAAUCAUAAUUUUAUAUUCAUGGAUAUACCUGAUCAACCAGAGAAAUUUACUGUACAAAAUUUUAAAUGCAUACAUAGAACAAUGAAUACAAUUACAAUUGAAUGGUUACCUCCGAUACAUUUAGCUAAUCUAAUUGAAUAUCAGUUACACAUAUCUGGACGAAGUGAAUUUAUCACAAGUAGUGGUGUAUUAAAAUCUGUUCAUUUAGGUGACAUACAAUUACAUCAAAAUAUUGAUAAACAAAUCGAUAAUAAUGAACCAGAAUUGUUAAAUUGGCCAUUAGUUAAUAUGCUUAAUAGUAUGUCAGAUCUGGAAAAUCAUCAUCAUCCACAGCAACAAACGCAUAAAAUGCAAAUACCAAAUUUAAAACCAAAUAGUCAGUAUAAAAUAACUAUUCGUCCAAUUUAUCGUGCACUUAUCACAGAGGGUAAUAUAGGCGCUAAAGAAGGUAUCCCAGUAACUAUAAUCUGUCAUACCGAAUGGAGUGCACCAGAAUAUAUAAAACAACCAGAAUUACUUGCAAUUUAUGCAGGUCCUUCAGAUCCUCAAGGACCAACUUCAAUAAUUGAAGUAAAAUUACAUCGUGUAUCAGAAGAAAAUGGUCCUAUACAUAAUUAUUAUGUGAUUAUAUCACCAGAAUUGAAUACAAUAACAUCGAAUAAAAAUAUAAUCAAUAAUAUUGAUCCAUCUGAUUAUGAUUUGAAAAUUUUAUCACAAAAUAAUGAUCUACCAAGUAAUCAAGCACCUUAUUUAGCUAUAGCACGACAUACAAUAAAUUUAUUUAAACCAAAUCAUGAAACAGCAAUCAUUAUAUUAGGUAGUGAAGAGAUAGAUAAUUUUGUUUUGGAAACACAAUACUACUUAAAUACUAUAACUAAUAGAAAUCAAACCUAUGAUAGAAAUUUAAAGAAAACAAUUGAUCUAGGAUCAUAUAUUCAUGAUGAUAUAUCAGAUAUACAUGAAGAUAAUAGUCAUAUUAGUAAAAAUAAUGAAAAAAAACCUUAUUAUUCCAAUUUUAAUAGUAAUCUAUUUAUGAAAACUAUACAAGUAAAUAAUAAACGGCUUUUUCAAUCUACCAUAUAUCGUGUUGCUUUGAGAGCAUGUUCACAGUAUCCUAAUGGCCAUCAGUUAUGUUCCACAAGUCAGUGGUCCGAUAGAAUAUCACCUAUAAACCCAAUAAAAUUAAAUACAUUGUCAAAGUUGAAAUCGUUGAAAGACAAAAUAAAUGAAUGGAAUUUACACGAAUCAUCAUCUUCAUUUGCAAUAAUUUUAACGGGUCUAUCUAGUGGUUUAAUAUUUUUUGCCAUAUUAAGUACUAUACUUGGUUGUAUAUUAAGACGUAGAAAACAACAACUCAGCAGAAGAUCUAUGCUUGAAUCAAACAAUAAUCAUUUAGAUGUACAAAUAUACAGAGAUCUUAGUAAAUCAAUGUUUAGUGAAAAUUUAUCAACACCAUCUAAUUCCAGAACUAAAUGUUAUUCACCAAAAACUAACAAUAAUAGUCUACUGAAUUCACAACCAUCUAGUUAUUUUUUAAAUUUACAUAAUGAAGGAUCACAUAGUCCAUCGAAUUCAAGCAAUGGUAUACCAAUUAUAAAUUUUCCACAUCCAGGUAGUGGUGGAUUAACUGUUGGAAUGAGUCAAAUUUCUCCAUUAGCUUUAUCAUCUAAUCAAUUAACAAUAUCUGAUCUAUCACCGGUAAUCACCAGAUCAGUAUAUAUGAAUACAGGAAAUAAAUCAGAAUCACCUACAAGAAGUGUAAAUAGCAGUGAAGCAUUAAUUGGAAAAACUAUCCAUAAUAUUCAUCAUAAACAUGGUACAACAAAUAUAUUAGAGAAUUUUAACCAACUUGUUCGUGAUGGAACACUUGAAAUACAUCGAAUGCCUAUACCAGUUGAACAAUUUCAAGAAGUGAUUUAUCAAUCAAGAAAUAAUAAUUAUAUUAGUUUCCAGCAGGAAUUUCAAACAAUUGAACAAAUCUCAUCAACACGAUAUAUCAGUGCAGUACAUUCUAAUUUAGACAUAAAUAAAUCGAAAAAUCGAUAUCCAAAUAUUUUAGCAUAUGAUUGUACACGAGUUAGCAUUCAAUCAAAUUAUCAACAUCAUUCUAAUGCACAGUAUGGAAUAGUUUCAGGAUCGGAUUAUAUAAAUGCUAAUUAUAUUGAUGGUUAUAGAAAACAAAAGGCAUACAUAGCAACUCAAGCUCCUUUACCAAAUACAUUUGAUAGUUUUUGGACAAUGAUAUGGGAACAAAAUACAAGUGUUAUUGUAAUGCUUACUAAACUUAUUGAAAUAGGACAAGUGAAAUGUGAUCAAUAUUGGCCAAAUACUGGAACAUUAAUUUUUUCUGAUAAAUUAAUUGUAACACAUUUAGAAACUAAUGAAUUAGCUAAUUAUGUAAUACGUUGUUUUGAAUUGAAAAAAGAUAAAGAACAUAGAAAAAUUUGGCAUUUGCAAUAUACAAGUUGGCCAGAUCAAGAAGUACCAACUUAUUCUACUGUAUUCUUAAUGUUUCUUCGACGUGUUGGUACAAUUACACCGAACGAUUGUGGUCCAAUUGUUGUACAUUGUUCAUCAGGAACUGGAAGAACAGGUGUUUAUAUAGCAAUUAAUAUAUUGCUGGAACGUAUAAAAAAUGAAUCAGUGAUUGAUAUAUUUGGUUUGGUGAAUCAAUUACGUUUGCAACGUAAUUAUAUGAUUGAAACACAAGAACAAUAUCAAUUUAUAUACACUGCAUUACUUGAAUCAAUUACAGAUGGAAAUACAGAAGUAUCUGCACGUAAUCUAUACACACAUUUACAACAUUUAUCUAUAUUACAAACUACUACCACUACUAUAAGUAGUACAAAUGAUUAUAUUAGUAAUUUCAACAGUUCAUUAUCAACAACUAUAACACCAACAACUACAUCAGUGAAUAAUUUAAACGAACUAUCUAACAAUACAACGACAACAAAUUCAUUAGGUCUUACUGGUUUUCAAUUAGAAUUUCGUAAAAUUAAUAAAUUAUCACCUAAUAUAACUUUAGCAUUGAAUUGUGGUCAAACAAAAACUGGUUUUGUAAGUUAUACACCACCUGGAAGUCCUAUGCAUGGUUAUAAAUUAAGUGUAUCAUGUGAUGUAGCUAAACGAAGUGUAAGUUUAAGUGAUAUUAAUUAAUGUUUUAAUUGAAAAAGUUUUAUGGAUAUUGGUUAUACUAAUCAGAGGUUGAUUCCAUUGGAGGUAGAAUUGAACACCAGAGAGCACUAAACAGCUACUUUAUUCCAGUAUAAGAAGUUAUCAUUAAAUAUUGGCAGCGAAACAGAUUCUAUCAAAAUCACUGGAUAAUCAUCUCACUAUAUCGCUAAGGAAUUGAAGUUACAGUUGCACUUUUUGACUGUACUUAACCAACUCUAAUAGUUUGUCAGGAUACAUGUUCCUGGGUUCAAUCCCUAGUGAGAUUAUAGUUAUGCAUUACUGGGAAAUUGUAUACCAGGACAAAAUAACUGUCUAGUGCUUCCUGGCUUUCAAUGGUACUUCAACUGAAUAUAAUCUUUGACAGCAGCUAAUCAUAAUUUCAUUUACAUAAAACACUAAAAAUGUAUUUAUCCAAAAACACAACGUUCUCAAUAGUGAAAUAAAAAAUCGUUAAGCUUUCUGGAUGUUUGCUUAUAGAUUCUUAUAGACUCUUGAUUUUAGACCAAGAAUUAUAUCUUUGAACAAUCAAGCCAGAAUUCAUUCGUCUUCACUUUUAACUUCGGUUGAUUUACAUAUAAAGUGUUCACCUCUCUGUGACAUCAGAGGUAACUAUCUUAAUUAGAACAUGACAGAUUUUAUAGAUCGCGGAUUUUCGUUAAAACCAAACAUUUCAUGUUGACGCUUAAUCUCAUUACAUAUAAAUUUUGAAGUAGUGUCAUAAUGAUUUAUAUGGAACGGGAUUACAACUAAAACGUUUCAAAUGGCUGAUUAAAAAAAUCCAAAUAUACUACUGUUAUUACUACUAAUCUACUAUUAAUUAGUCGUACGGUUUCCCAACAUAUCAUAAAAAUACGAGAAGUGCAACUACUCCAAUUAUAUGUGAGCUGAAUAAUUUUUUUUGACUACUAAUUUAUUACAGCAUUAUUGACCCCAAAAGUUAAAUAAAUACGUUUAUUUAAUAUUUAGAUUUAUGAGUCAAUUGAAGUUAAACCACCAUGGAAAUCCUAGAAGCACUGGACGGCAAUUUCGUCCUAGUACGGAACUCCAUAUCAAUGCGCAUUCACGAUCUUGCCUCGAGUGAUUCGAAAAAAAUGUUUAUACUUACUUAAAAAGCGAUCGUAACUGAUUUUCAACAACAACGAAAUUAAUAUGAGAAGGGGUUUUGUGGAGAUUGUAUUAACCUGGAAGCUUCCAGGUUUUCCAUGGUGGUCUAGCUUCAACUGACUCAUGAUCUUAACCAUUGAAAAAACAAAAUUAUCUUUAAUGUUAGUCAAGCUAAUAUAAAGAUGUAAAACAAUGAGUAAUUUAUAAUUGUAGGCACAAUCAGUUGGCAAGUUUUAAAUAGGAUAAAAAUGGCAUCAUGAAUUUCAUUGUUAAAUAUAAUCUAUCUAUUCCGUUAACAAUUGACAGAUAAAUGUUUAUCUAUUCUAAAUUGUAUAUACUACUAUCAGCGUUAUUAUUAGUUUAAUUGACAUUCAAGAUUUCAUUAUAUUAUUAUUAUUAUUAUUAUUAGUAGUAGUAGUAGUAGUAGUAAUAGUAGUAGUAGUAGAAAUAAUAAUAUAUCAGGGUUUAUGGCGAUCACUGAAUUUGUUAGUUUACAUCAUGAACUGAUCAGAAUUAAACAACCUGUAAAAAUAUUUUUUUUAAACAACACUGGAUAUCAGUCUCGUUUUAAUACGGGAUUCUUUAACAGUAAGCAUUGAUGUUUAUACUGAAGAACGAACUCAAGACUUUUAUUUUUUAUAGUGCACACCUAACCUCUAGACCAUUGGAUUAAAUAGUUAGUUGUAGUAUACAUUUCUAGCUGCAAUCGAUUCAUUGUAUCGUACAGCUAUCUUAAAAUGUUAUUAAUAGGUAAAUAUCUUACACUUAACAUAAAUGAACUUUACCGACCACACCCCUGUAGAAUUCAUGAGAAUUAUCUGUAAAAAUUAUUUACCAGUGAGCAAACGGUAAUUAUUAUUACCAUAAAUGCAGUUUGUAGAGACUAAUGGAUUGAUCUUAGUUAAAUUUUGUUCUUAUUUUCCUAUAUUGUCUACAAAUAAAAUCGAUAACAAUUUAAGAACAAAAAAAGAAUAAAGAUAUUGACUCACUGAUGACAAUGAUGGAUGUGUCUCUCGAUUUCGUGGAUUAGUUGAAGUUAGACAUUAACACCGUUGUAUGCCGGCCGGCUUAGUGGUCUAGAGGUUAAGUGUUUGCACGAGAAACCGAUACGUCCUGAGCCGGAAUCUCGAGAGGCGGGAUGGUAAAUGCGCAUUGCUGAGGCGUCCCAUAAUAGGACAAAACGGCCGUCCAAUGCUUCCAAGUUUUUCAUGGUGGCCUAACUUCUAUUGAUUCAUGAUCUCAACUAUUGAAAUAAAAGGUCAGU